AUGGCCACGGCCCCCAGCGGCGCCAGCAGCGGCAGCGGCAGCGAGGGCGAGAGCGUGGACAUCGAUGCCCUUGCAUCUAAGCUGGCAGCAGAAGCGGAGCGCCUGCGGCGCACAGGCAGCUUCGCCAGCGGCGACUAUGACGACGGCCCAGCGGGGCCGGCGACUCGGCGGCAGCAGCAGGCGGGCAGCGACGUGCUGCGCCCAUUCGGUUACGAGACCAAGAAUGCUGAAGCAGAGGUGCUGGCUUCGGUGGGCGAGGGCGGCUUCUUCCCGGAGGAGUUUGAGCUGAUGCAGGAGCUGGGCACCAUCAACAUACAGCAGGCGAGUGUGGCCACCUCUGUGGACCUGGAUGACUUCCACAUCCCUACCUCGGAGCGCUUCGCCCGCACCGCCGUCAUUGCCUACACCGGCACCUUCUACUCCGGCAUGCCCUUCCAGGACCCUGUGGUGGUUUUGAUCAAGGAGUAUCUGCCUGGGGCCAAGGCGGUGGCCUGCAACGAGCUGCAGGUGCUCAAGCACCUGGCGGGCAUGCCGGAGACAACCAUGAAGUGGCAGACAGCGGCGGCGGCGCUGGCGCCCAGCCCCCCCGUCGUGCGCCUGCUGGGCUACUUCCUGGCGGGGCAGACGAAGCAGGCGUCGGAGCUGCUGCAGGGAGAGGAGGCUGAGGAUGCGAUCUGGGUGGUGCUGAAGUGGGAGGGGCUGGCGCCCCUGGCGCUGUACCCCUCGGCGCAGCAGACCAGCGGCAUCGGGCUGGGGCGCCUGUUUGGGGCCGCAGACAGCUCCAUGUCAGACAGGGCCCGCAUGCUCAGGGCCAUCGCCCGCGGCGCGCUGCAGGCGCUUGCGUACUGCCAUGAGGCGGGGGUGGUGCAUGGGGCGCUGGGCUCCGGCUCCGUCAUGCUGUCCACUUUUGAUGACCGGUCGGCGGCGCGGCUCAUCGUCAAGCUGGACAACUUUGGGUUUGCGCGCAAGGUGUCGGUGCCGCGGGAGGGGCAGCGAGCCAGCAAGGGUGGCGAUCCUGCGGCGCUCUACCCGCAGCCCGCGCCGCUGGCGACGGACGACACGCCGCUGGCGCUGGGGCAGCGGGACGACCUGCGGGCGCUGGCGGUGGUGCUGCUGGAGUGCAUAGUGUCUGCGCUGGCGCUCAACGGGCCCUCCCAGCUCACCAAUGCAGAGUCGCUCCAGCGGCUGCUCGGCGAGGUGUUUGUGUGGGGAGUGGAUGACUUCAGGCAAUACUGCCAGGACGAGCCUGACUGGCAGGCGGCAGUGGAGCUGUUGUCGCAGGACGAUGGAGCGGGCUGGCAGCUGCUGCAGGAGCUGGUCAGCGGCGGCACCAGUGCAGCCGAGCUGGCGCAGAGCCGCUUCUGUGUGCCCUGA